AUGUGGGGGUCCUCGGCAGCUGCCUGGGCCAUCUGUCUUGCCUGCGUUCAGCCGGUGGUGUUCCCAUGGAUCCUCCCUUUCGGGUCAAACAGGGACAGGCCAAGCCCUGGCCCUGAAGUUUCGACAGGCCCCCAAUCCUGCUUCUCUGUGACUGUGGAGUGUUUCUCAGACUACAUGACCCUGUGGAUACCGAGGAGCCACGUGGAGGGUUUGCGGCAGUGGCUGAGCAGAAUCCUUCACUUGCCAGGUGCUUGGAGGGCCCCUGACCGCCUGGAUUAUUUUCUUGCCAGAUGUGGCUUCUUCCUGCAUCAGGAUCCUGAUGGUGACUUCAUUUUUCAAGCUCAGUACUCGGCCUGCUUUGUGCAGAAGGAGAAAGCAAAUUACAGGUUGGAAAUCAGAAUAUUUCAAAGAGGGGUGACAAGGUUGGAGCAGAGUGAUCGCUACAUAAUGAAGUGUCCAGUGCUAAUGUUGAGGCUGGACUACAAGACCAUCCACUGCACAUCCACAUUCAUCCAGGUCUCCCGGCCCCUGCCCCCGGGGAUCCACGGUAGACAGAGUCCGUGGCUGCUGUCUCUUCGAGGGGAGCUGGUGGCUUCUCUGGAAGAUGCCAGCCUGAUGGGAUUGUAUGUGGACAUCAACGUCACCACUGUCACUGUCCAAAGCCCAAGACAAGACCUUCAGAAGCGGGAGGUGCUGAACACCUCUGCCGACCUCCUGUCACUCUGGCUGGUGAGCGGCCACUACGCCUAUUCUCUAGAAGCCGCUUGUCCCUUGGUGUCAUCCCAGCCAGAGUCAGAGGUCUUAGUUCAUAUCCCCAAGCAGAGACUGGGUCUGGUCAAAAGAGGUUCCCGUAUCGAGGAAUCCCUGAACCUGAAAUUCGCCCUAGUCCACCAGUCCAACACCUUUACAGUAACCGAAAACAGAGAUUUUGUGAUGGUCAGCAUCCCAGCGGCUGAAGUGCUCCAGGUCCAGCGAUGCCAAGAGGGCCAAGGAGUCCCAGGGAUGCGAGCUUUCUAUAGAGUAGACCUGAGCCUGGAAUUUGUCGAGAUGGCCACCCCGGCCCUCUGGACAGUGGAGAGUUUCUUCCAGUGUGUGGGUUCAGGAGCAGAGCUGCCUGCCUCCACUGCCAUACCAAGGACCAGUCUCUCCUCCCAGCCCCCAGGACCAGAGACCCCUCCAGCAGGAAGGCCAUCCCUGGCCUCUUCCCAGUUCCAGGCUGCAGGGCCAGCUGCCUGGGAUGGGCUCUCUUGGGCGGAUCUAGUUUCUCAUGUCUUUUCUCCCUCCACUGCUUUCUUGCUGAAGGAGCAUGGGCCACUUCUGCAAACAGCCAAACCUAUGGGAAGAAGCUGGACACCGGCUACCUCCCUUUUCCCCAGAGCAAUGCAACAUCAGCGUGGUCCCCAGCCCCCCAGGGAAGUGGGGUUCCCUGGACACCUCCCGCUUUCAGCUGUGCUCCCUUUGGAGUCCAUAGGAGGUGUCCACGCUGGCCCUAGGCCCCCACGUCCAGUCUCCCCUGGGCCCCCUGGCCUUUCUGAGCAUCUGUCCUCAGAAAUCUCUCCUCGGCUGCCUCCCUGGAGGCCUGAGCACUCCAAAGUUGUCCUGUUCUCAGGACCAUCUGUUACCCUCGCUGAAGGCCUAGAAACUGUGACGCCUGCACUGGACUCCUCCCAGUCACCUGAAAGUCCCCUCCUGUCGAGAGGACUGUCAGGGGGGGAGGUGACUGCCACUGAGCCCAUCCAGGGGGAGUCCAUCCAAGCCAGUGAGGAGAUGUGGCCCUUGCCAAGGCCCUCAAGGGCCAGCCUGGUGAUGGAGACUCUGCUUUCCCACCAUGACCCCAGAAAGCCCCAGGAAAUGUCCUUUGUAAUGGAGGUGGAGGGGCCGCCCCGCAAAGGGCCUGGUCUCCCUGGGGAGAGGGCCAGAGGGCACCUGUAUCUGUCACCCUCAGAGCCAAGUACAGGCACGGAGGGGCUAGGACUCCCCAUUCUUCUGGGGACAGAACCCACAUUCACCACCCCAAGGGUGAGGCAGCCAGACCCCAGUGCCCAAGGGGGGGCCUUGGGACCUGAGCCCACUGGGGCGCCUGAAGCCUCAUCUUCAGGAGGGUGGGACAGAGCCCAAAGCUUGGGGUCAGCCUCCAGCUCACUGGCAGGCCAGGAUGAGUUGGGGGCCUCGCACAUGUCUAGCCCUCCGUCUGUGUGGACACCCAGCCUGCAGGCUGCCACAGAAACAUCAUGGCCCAGUUUGGCCGAGCCCAGACACUCUUACCUUGUUGGCCAGGGGGUCUUGCCCCAGCAGAACCCAACAGAACCUGCAUUGGCCUCCAGCCCUGAAAGUCACAGGCCUCCUGAGUCUCAGAGCAGCAUGGAGGGGCUUUCCGAGAGGCCCCCCUGCCAGGCCUCCUCCUCCGUGGAGACUCUGGGGGCAGCUGGUACUCUGCUGGCUGGGGUAGCCCCAGUGACCCCGGAUGACCCAGUGUCCUCAGGCUCCUUGGCCCAGAAGCCCAGAUGUGGCCGGGUGUAG